GCCAUGAUCUCAAAAUGGAGGAGAUGAGACUGAAGAAUAAUAAAUGCCAAUUCGGACAUCACCAUUCGUCAUGGAAUGACUUGAAGGAAUGUGAAGAAAUGAGGAGUAGACAACAUUGCGAAAUAGAAGAGUUGAGACAGAAGAGGACGUACACAUGUAGUCUCGGUCAUUCACACAGCAGUGUGGAAGAGCUUAACGCUUGUCACAAUAACAAGCUGCAAUCUGAAUAUCUCGAACGCUUUGCCAAAUUGCCGAGUGGUGAUGUCGCCAAAGGUUUCCCGGCACUUCUUCCUGCCAAAACAAGGUAUUUGAUAGAGUACCCUAAAUAAGACGAGGAUUCGGACCGAGUACAUUAACGCCAAAAAUUCAAUGGAUCUGCUUUCACACUCUCACAGGAUUUUCACUUUGCGCAAACCCUUUGGUAAACAAACCGUUUGGAGAUAUCGAAAUUUUUUCAAACAUAUUCUAAAAACAAAUGACGUUGCCAAGGCACUUGAUAUUUAUUUUAACCCCAGGAUCACGUACGCACGAUCACCUUUCUGUCUUUCACAAUAUACAUUUUCGUUUUCCCGCAUGAUAUAAAUCCAAUUUGAAUAACUUAGCAAAUCUCAGUCUAGGUGAAUUUAUUUCAACAUUUAUAGCGUGACAUUUUUAAUUCUAAUUAAAGUAGUGCAUUUGGAAUUUG